AUGCCGCGGAAGGAGCUGCCGCUGCCCGAGGGCUGGGAGGAGGCGCGGGACUACGACGGGAAGGUGUAUUACAUCGACCACGGCAGCCGCACCACCAGCUGGGUCGACCCCCGCGACAGGUAUACUAAACCAUUGACCUUUGCUGACUGCAUCAGUGAUGAGUUGCCCUUAGGAUGGGAAGAAGCUUAUGACCCUCAGGUCGGAGUCUAUUACAUAGACCACAACACCAAAACUACUCAGAUAGAAGACCCUCGGGUGCAAUGGCGGCGGGAGCAGGAGCACAUGCUGAAGGAUUACCUUGUCCUGGCCCAGGAGGCCAUUGCUGCCCAGAAGGAGAUCUAUCAAGUGAAACAGCAGAGGCUUGAGCUGGCCCAGCAAGAGUAUCGGCAGCUGCACGAUGUGUGGGAGCACAAACUUGGCUCUCAGACCAGCUUGCUUUCUGGCUCCUCGUCAAGUUCCAAGUAUGACCCCGAGAUCCUCAAAGCAGAGAUUGCUACUACAAAAUCCAGGGUCAAUAAACUCAAGAGAGAAGUAGCUCACAUGAAGCAAGAGCUCCAGUACAAAGAGCAUGGAUUUCAAACACUGAAGAAAAUUGACAUGAAAAUGUCUGAUACUCAAGGUGGCUACAAACUUGAUGAGGCACAAGCCAUUUUAAGUGAAAUGAAAGCUCUCAAGAAGGCCAUCACAUCGGGGGAGAAGGAAAAACAAGACCUCAUUCAGAGCUUAGCCAGGUUAAAAGACAGCUUUGUGAGUGAUAGAGGAUCCCAGUCAGACCUGUGGGCCGGCAGCAGCAUGUCUGUGGAAAGCUCCAGCCCUCUGCUACCCCGGCAGUACCUGGAUGGCAGCUCCCAGACAGAUGUUUCAGGAAAUUUCGUUGCCAGCAGCAGUAACCAGCUGGCCGAGAAGGUGCGAUUACGGCUGCAGUAUGAAGAGGCAAAGAGAAGAAUAGCAAACCUGAAAAUCCAACUGGCUAAGCUUGACAGCGAGGCCUGGCCUGGCGUGCUGGACUCUGAGCGGGAUCGUCUGAUACUGAUUAAUGAGAAGGAGGAGCUCUUAAAAGAAAUGCGAUUUAUUAGCCCCAGAAAAUGGACUCGAGGAGAGGUGGAGAGACUGGAGACAGAGAGGAGGCGCCUGGAGGAAGACCUUCAGGCUGCUAGAGACACUCAGAGCAAAGCUCUCACUGAGAGAUUGAAGUUGAACAGCAAAAGAAACCAGCUUGUCCGAGAGCUGGAAGAAACCACACGGUUGGUUGCCAUGUUGCACACCCAGCUGAAGAGUCUCUCCACCAGCAUGCUUUCCCUCUCCUCGAGCAGCAGCCCUGGUUCUCUUGCAUCUAGCAGAGGAUCUCUUGCCACCUCCAGCCAGGAUUCAUCCACCUCAGCCAGUUUCACUGAUCUCUACUACGAGCACCUGGAGCAGUUGGAGCAGUUGGACUCGGAAUAUCAAAACAAGCUUGACUUGCUCUUAGAAGGAGCCACUGGGUUUAGGCCAUCAGGCUGUAUCACCACUAUUCAUGAGAAUGAAGUAGCAAAAACUCAAAAAACAGAUACCACGAGUCGCAUGCAGGCUCUGAGAUCCUUGUCUGGUACCCCCAAAUCCAUGACAUCACUGUCCCCAAGGUCAUCUCUCUCUUCUCCAUCCCCACCCUGCUCUCCACUGGUGAUAGACCCACUCCUAACUGGUGAUGCCUUUUCAAGCCAUAUGGAUUUUGAUGAUGCAGAGAUAAGUGGAAAUCUGUCAGAACUCACCCUAAACACUGGGAGUGGCAACUGUAGACUGGAAGAGCCUCGAGCAGGAGAUAAACAUCUAGGUCAAGGUAUAAACACAGCUGGAGGGACGGCGCUGAAGGUGGCGGGUGUGUCGGCUGCAGUGUCCGAUGAAUCCGUAGCUGGAGAUAGCGGGGUGUACGAGGCAUCUGUCCAAAGACCAUGUGUGUCAGAAGUGAUGGUGUUUGACAGUGACGAUACAGAAGCAGUUGGAACAGCCAAAGUGCAGAUUGCUAUGAGAUACGAUGACAAAAAUAAACAAUUUGCAAUAUUGGUCAUCCAGCUGAGUAAUGUUCCAGCACUGCUGUUACAACAAGAUCAAAAAGUGAACAUCCGUGUGGCUGUCCUGCCCUGCUCGGAGAGCACGAGCUGCUUGUUCCGUACCAGGCCAGUGGAAGCUUCAGACAAUCUCGUGUACAAUGAAGUAUUUUGGGUUUCCAUCUCCUACCCAGCUUUACGCCAGAAGACUUUAAGAGUCGAUGUUUGCACUGUAGAUAAGUCUCACCUUGAAGAAUGUUUGGGUGGAGCACAAAUUAGCCUUGCUGAAAUAUGCAGAUCUGGAGAGAAAUCAACCCGUUGGUAUAAUCUCCUUAGUUAUAAAUAUCAGCAGAAGCAAAACAGGAAAAGUAAACAAGGAAACAGCCACUCUGAAGUACCCUGCACUGAAAAAACAGACUCUGUCUCGGCACUCUUAGAGCAAACAGCUGUUGAACUGGAAGCUGUGGAGAAGAAACUGGAGGAAAGCAGAAGCACUUUAACUAGUGGAGAGAGCUGGCAAGAUGAAGAGGUUCCUGACCUGGAAGAACAGGAUGAGAUCAGUGAAAAUGAAGCAGAGGAGGAGGAGGAAGAAUUCUGUGCUGGAAAAUCGCUGUGGGAAACAGAAGAAAGUCUGAAUUCCCAGCUGCACACGGAUAUAGCAGUGAAGGUGGAUAAAGAGACCAACACAGAGAGCCUUGUACAGUCCUCGACUGUAGUUCGUCCAAAAGACAAAAGAGCAGCAAAUCCACCCCAAUCUCAGUUUGUCAGGGGUAGCACCAUCAUCCGCUCAAAAACAUUUUCCCCAGGACCACAGAGUCAGUAUGUGUGUCGGCUGAAUCGCAGUGAUAGUGACAGUUCCACACUAUCCAAAAAGCCUCCCUUCGUUCGGAAUGCAAUGGAGAGACGAAGUGUCAGAGUGAAACGGCCUUCAAUGAAGUCCUUUGGUACAGAGCGCCUCAUCCGCACCUCACUGGACCUGGAGCUGGACCUGCAGGCUUCAAAAACCUGGCAUGACCAGCUGGUUCAGGAGAUCUCAGUGCUGAAGGAACUGAAGGAACAGCUGGAACAAGCUCAAAGUCAGGGUGAAAAAGAGUUGCCACAGUGGGUGAAGGAUGAUGAGAGGUUUCGACUGCUGCUGAGGCUUGUGGAGAAACGAGUGCAAAAUCCAGAACACAAGUGUGAGCUCAAGGCCGAUAAAAUGAUGAGAGCUGCUGCCAAGGAUGUCCACAGGCUGCGAGGGCAGAGUCGAAAGGAGCCUCUGGAAGUGCAGUCAUUCAGAGAGAAAAUGGCGUUUUUCACACGGCCAAGGAUAAACAUCCCAACGCUCUCUGCGGAUGAUGUGUGA